GCUGCAGCUCCCGGGUGUUCCUGGCUGACGGACGCUGCCGGCUCCCCGGGCCAGAUCUCCUUUCCGCCCGUCAGGCCCGCAGGUGCGCAGAGAGCGUUCCCUGCCCUCAGGAACAUCCCGGCUCCAUGACCUCGGCCCCUCCCGGCGGCAGGCCGGAAGUGACGUGCCCGUGCCGUCAGAGCGGCCGGAAGCGCCGCGGGCAGCAGUAAACAACGGCGUCGGGAGCCGCGGCCGCCGCUUCCAUCUUGGAGGAGCCCGAGCCCGAGCCCGCCGGGGACCAUGGGCAGCGUGCUGGGCCUCUGCUCCAUGGCGAGCUGGAUACCAUGCUUGUGUGGAAGUGCCCCGUGCCUGCUUUGCCGAUGCUGCCCCAGUGGAAACAACUCCACCAUAACUCGACUGAUUUAUGCCUUCUUCUUACUUCUUGGCGUGAGCGUUGCCUGUGUGAUGCUAAUACCAGGCAUGGAAGAGCAGCUGAAGAAGAUUCCUGGAUUUUGUGAUGGAGGGUUGGGCACAAGCAUUCCUGGUGUGCAGGGCCAUGUGAAUUGUGAUGUCCUGGUUGGCUACAAGGCCGUGUACCGCGUGUGCUUUGGCAUGGCCAUGUUCUUCCUUCUCUUCUCCUUGCUGAUGAUCAAAGUGAAGAGCAGCAAUGACCCCAGAGCAGCAGUGCACAAUGGAUUCUGGUUCUUUAAAUUUGCGACAGCACUUGCAAUUAGUGUUGGAGCUUUCUUCAUACCUGAGGGACCAUUUACAACUGUGUGGUUUUAUGUAGGUAUGGCUGGGGCAUUCUGCUUUAUUCUUAUUCAGCUGGUCUUGCUUAUUGACUUUGCCCAUUCCUGGAAUGAAUCUUGGGUUGAAAAAAUGGAGGAAGGAAACUCAAGAUGCUGGUAUGCAGCUCUGCUCUCUGCUACAGCUGUCAACUAUCUGCUGUCUCUAGUGGCUAUUGUCUUGUUUUAUGUUUAUUACACUCAUCCAGAAGGUUGUUCUGAAAACAAGACAUUCAUCAGUGUUAAUAUGCUCCUGUGCAUUGGUGCUUCUGUAAUGUCAAUUCUGCCAAGGAUUCAGGAAUCUCAGCCAAGAUCUGGUUUGCUGCAGUCUUCGGUCAUCACAAUUUACACAAUGUAUUUGACUUGGUCAGCUAUGACCAAUGAGCCAGACAGGCGCUGUAACCCCAGUCUGCUGAGCAUCAUUGGUUACAACAGCACCACCAUUCCAACCCAAGGUCAGGUAGUGCAGUGGUGGGAUGCACAAGGAAUUGUAGGACUGGUUCUGUUUUUGCUGUGUGUUCUCUAUUCAAGCAUCCGGACAUCCAACAACAGCCAAGUUAACAAGCUGAUGCUGACCAGUGAUGAAUCAACACUGAUAGAGGAUGGAAUGCCCAGGAGUGAUGGCUCCCUUGAUGAUGGAGAUGAUGUUCACCGAGCUAUAGAUAAUGAGAGGGAUGGAGUUACUUACAGUUACUCCUUCUUCCACUUCAUGCUUUUCCUGGCAUCACUGUAUAUCAUGAUGACACUUACCAACUGGUACAGCCCGGAUUCUUCGUACGAGACAAUGACCAGCAAGUGGCCGUCCGUGUGGGUGAAGAUCUCUUCCAGCUGGAUUGGCAUCGUGCUGUACGUGUGGACUCUGGUGGCCCCGCUGGUUCUCACCAACCGCGACUUUGACUGAGCCGUGCUGCUCUGGAGGGAGGCUGUGAGCGCCACGUGUCCCUGAAACAAACAGUAUUCUGGGUAAUAGCGCGGGUGUAAAUACGUGUGUGUGUGCGUGUGUGCUGUCCAGGUAGUAUUCCCUGCUUUAUCCUGCAUGAUUACCUUGAAUCAUGUCUUGUCAUUUCAUUAAAUGACUUUUUCUAGCUGAGCUCAAAUAACGGUGGUUUUCAUAGGAUUACUCCUAGUUUGAGUGCUUUGGGAGCACGAGAUGUUAAGAUCAAGAACUUUUCAAAGUAUGUUUUUUUUCCCCUCAGUUGCAUUAAAUAGUUGUAGGAAAAAAGUGCAAGUGUUAAUUAGGGUAACUAAGCAGUGCUACGUCAGGCUUUGCAAGUAAAGGAGGGGCUGCCUUUGAUGAUCCCUGUUGCCUUGAUUCCAAAGUAAGCCUUGAGUAAAUGUUGUUAGACUCAAAGAGGAGCAUGUUGGGGUUUUACUGGACAUGUUGCAGCACUUUGGCACUAACAGCCUGACCUUUCCCAUGCUGAGGUCAGCAGGACCUUCAGCACAGAUGUGAGAGGGGGAAACUUGCACCUGGAGCUGCAGAGGAGCCAGUCCAGUGCGUCCCAUUGCACACAGGAGGACAGGCACCCUGGGGAGAAUUAUCCUGGUAUCAGAUGCUCAGAAGCAUGUUUUUAAGGCACCUGUUUACAAUGUGCAUCUACAUAUUAUUAUUGUUUUUAAAAGUAGUUUAAAUGGCAUAGCCGUGCUGUAAUUUAUUGCUGUUUUGUGUGCCACUUUCUUCUUGGCUAAGCUACAAUCACAGAGUUUGCAAGGAGCCGGGUGGUGAAAGUUGUGUAAGCCCUUUGGAGGAAUUGAGUAUUGUGAUAAAAAAGUGGAGAGAAAGAAGCACUGAAAUUACAAUAACUAAAGGAGGAGGUUUGCAUUUACUGAGGCUUCCAACUGAAGCGUUUCUUAAAAUAUUUGGGGCUCUGAAUCUUGAAAUCUUUUACUGUAUUAGGUAUUUUGCUUGAUGUCCAUUGCCAGAGAUGGCCUUGAGCCUAGAAAGUCUAAAUCUAGGCAUAGUUCCUGUGCAGCUACAAAAUCUUAAAAUGCUUUUGUGCUUGCUGCUUUGUAACUGAAGUUCAUAAGCUGCGUAAUUUCUGUUACUUGCUACAACUUGAACCUAGAGCAGCCCGACUGGGAGUGACCCUGGAAUCUGCAGUAGAUGCCAUGUUCAUGUCUUUCUGUGGUGUUUGUAACUGUGACUUCCUGUUGUCAUUCUCUAAGCUUUUAUUUUACUUCUGCACCUGAACACUGAUGUUAACGGCAAAAGUCUGACAUGUCAAGUCAAACUUGAGACAGUAAUGGAAACAUUAGUAAAGGCUUGUAAUAAUUUGGAAUAUGUUGUUACCUUAUUAAUAAAUAAAUUUGGAUGAA